UGAAAACUGGACGGAAGUGAGCGGUAGAGUGACGAGUGCAAAUUGUUGAGGCCCCGCUGCACCGUUCUCCAUUUUCCUUGGCGGCGACCUCCUCUCCCUGCUGGUCAGUAGUCGCCUGGAUGUGGAGGCGGACGGGAAAACACGAUGGCUUUCGGUGGUGUUUUACCUCUUCAUAGCAAACGAAAUGGACCCUGUGCGCUGAGAAGAAUAUUCAGGUCCAGAGAAAAGGUGUUAAUAUUUCUAGUGGGGUUAACUUUUCUGUUUAUAUGUAUAGGACCCAUAUUCUUCUUGCCCGAGCUGAGGGGAGGACUCAGUACCCGAGUGGACCAUGUUUACAAAGUGUACAAACAGAUGCAGAAGGCAGGGCCCGAGCUGAUCCUGCCUCCGCCCCCGCCUCAAUCAGGGGAAGAGGAAGGGGGCGGUGCCAUCAGGAAGCACGAAGGAGUGUAUCACAACGUGGUGGGGCACAAUGACAUCCACCUCGCGGACGACAAGCAGAGGCUCCUCGACAAGAUCAACAACGACGAGGAGAUGAGACACUUAAGGGUCAUUGAGAAGCCCGUGGUGCUGACCCUAAGCUCCACCUCCACCGCCAAGGCAGUUGUGGCCCAGCUGGACGAGAACGUGAGGGUGGAGCAGGGUGGAGGUGCAGGGCAGGAUAGGCAUGGUAGGCUGGAGAAGAGUCACCUGCCUGUGGUCCAGGCUGGAGAGGACCCAGACCCAGUGGCCAGGCAACGUAGGGACAAGGUGAAGGAGAUGGUGUUGCAUGCCUGGAGAGGGUACAAAACCUAUGCCUGGGGUAAGAAUGAGUUGCGACCAGUGAGCAAACGUGGUCACACAGCUGGAAUAUUUGGGCGGCAGGACAUGGGGGCCACCAUUGUAGAUGCCCUGGACACACUCUACAUCAUGGGCCUCAUGGAGGAGUUCAAUGAGGGCCGUGCAUGGGUGCAGUACCACCUAGAUUUUAAUCAGCUGAGAUCUGAAAUGUCUGUGUUUGAGACCAACAUAAGAUUUGUGGGAGGACUGCUGUCAGCCUUCUCCUUGACAGGAGACCCACUCUUCAGGGACCGAGCUCUUCAUAUUGCCCGCAAGCUGCUACCUGCCUUUGACACACCAACAGGGAUACCUUAUGCUCUUAUCAAUGUUGCCAAUGGGAUUGCCAAGAAUUAUGCUUGGGCAAGUGGAGGAUCCAGUAUAUUAUCUGAGUUUGGAACCCUCCACCUGGAAUUUGUUUAUCUUUCGGACAUCUCUGGAGACCCAGUGUUCAAGGAGAAAGUGAUGAGGAUCCGGGACGUGAUCAAGAAGGCAGAACGACCUGAUGGGCUCUAUCCCAACUACAUGAAUCCUAAAACUGGCAAAUGGGGCCAACGUCACACCUCCAUUGGUGCCCUUGGUGACAGCUUCUAUGAGUACCUUAUAAAAGCUUACAUCCAGUCUGGGGGAAAGGAUACAGAGGCCCGGGAGAUGUAUGAGGAAGCUAUCGGUGUCAUAACUAACCGCCUUGUCAUGAAGUCACACACUGGUCUCACAUACUUAGCUGAGAGCAAAUUUAACCGCCUAGAACACAAAAUGGAUCAUCUGGCAUGCUUUUCAGGUGGAAUGUAUGCACUAGGUGCCAAGAGAUUAGAAAAUGAAAUAACAGGAACGCACAUGGAAAUAGCCGAAGGUCUGGCCCAUACUUGUCACGAGUCAUAUUCCCGCACUCCAACUGGUCUGGGUCCAGAGAGCUUCAGAUUCACAGAAGGUAUUGAGGCACGGGCACUCAAGUCAUCAGAGAAGUACUACAUCUUGAGACCAGAGGCCAUUGAAAGCUGGUUCUACAUGUGGAGAUUCACCAAGGAUCCCAAGUACCGAGAAUGGGCAUGGGGUGCAGUUCUGGCACUAGAAAAGCAUUGCCGGGCAGAGGCUGGCUACAGUGGUAUCCAGAACGUGUACAUGGAAACUCCACAGAAAGAUGAUGUUCAGCAGAGCUUUAUCUUUGCUGAGACUUUCAAGUAUUUGUAUUUGAUAUUCUCGGAUGACUCCCUCCUGAGUCUUGAUGAGUGGGUCUUCAACACAGAAGCACAUCCUCUCCCAAUUUUGGGAAGCAACCCAUUUUACCGCAAAGCUCAAGAUAGUGAGAGCCAGUGGUGAGUACCUAGCAAAUGCCAGUGGGAAGCAGCAACAUAAGGCGCAAUGAAGAAAUCACAAGUGUUUUGUGUGAAGAAGAGUGAAGAAUGAUGUAGAUAGGGUACUAAUAAAGUUUAAUAUUUAUAUCAAGAGGAGUUCUUAAGUAUACUAGUUUAUGGACAUCUAAGUCAUUUGUUAACUUCAUUGAUCAAAGAGGCCAUUUAUUUUGAGUAACUUUACAAACACUGGCAGAAGAAAACCUGAGACAUUGUUGAUAUGCUUGUGUGUGAGGUUGUGAAGAUCUAUGAGAGUUUAUCACCUGUUCAUCUAUACAAGUAAAGGAUUCUUGUUAUCUGUCCCUCAUUGUUGACCAAGCUCUGCAUCAUCAGUCAUCCUGAAGCCACUUGCUUUUAGCCUAGAUUAGAUUUGAGCAGAUUUUGUGACCUCAUGCCACUUUGACUCAGAAUGACUGGCCAUGCAAAGCAUAAGCUAGACAAAGAAUUAUGAUCAUGCUAUUGUAUUCCAGUAUUUUAACAUAUUCUGUGAUUUGUAGAUUAUGUUUUAAUUUAUUUAUAAAGUAUCAAAAUAUAUUUUCUUGACUAGUAGAUAAAGCAUGGGAGCAUGCAUGUAGGAUGAGUGGAAUCAUUAUUGAGUAGGUGCUGAAGCUCCUCCUCUAUGUCCCAAAUGGUGCAGAGACAAUAAUCUGUAUGUGUGUAUGACAGUGUGUGCCAGAGUAAAUCUAUUAUAUUUUAAUUUGUGUAGAAUCAUAAUUUUUUUUCUUUCCAUUAGAUUAUCAGUGUUAAAACUAUUGCUAAAGGGAACCUAUUUAUACCAUGUAGAAUGGCUAUUAUUUCCGUAGAAUAUUGAAACAAAGAGUGCAACUUGUUCUUGGGGAUGUUUUGAAUCCAUAAAAAAAUAUGGUAUAACCUUUUCACUGUUUUGAAAUGCAGUAUCACUGGUUGUUAUGAUGUCUUGCUUGCUUAACACUUGAUUACCAAAUGCAUUUCAUAAAGUGUUAAAAAUGGAGUUGUUGCCUUGAGGAAUGUUAAUUACUGGCUGUUUUACACAGUUUACAUAUCACAUUUAUGGUGUGACUGAAACCAUUUGAUGUAAUUUGAGUGAUUACUGCCUUAUGAUUUUACUCAGUGUCAUAUUGUACAAAUUCUAUUUCCCUAUAAUUUCUUUGUUCUUUUUACAUCUAGAAUUUUU